CUCCAGCUUGUCAACGACUAUUUCGACCACGAUCCCCACCAGCGUGUCAAGGUCACAGCCAGGCUUCUUGGCGACCGUUUCUUCGACGAGGAAAAGUACCUCAGCGAUGCUUACCAGCUCCCGCGCUUCCCCAUCGAGAACUCGUUGCGCAACUACCAGCUCGUGCUCGUGGGCUUUAAGGCCGGUAGAAUCGACGUGUUUUACCUCCCCUCGGCUUCGCAACAUGAGGGCAGCCCCACCGACCUUCUGGGCUUGAAAGUAGGUGAUUUGGUGAUUGUGGAGGCCGACAGAGGCCGCGACUUGGGGAGAAUCGUCAAGAUGAACAUCUCCAUCGACGAGGCACGCUUGAUGAAACUUCUCCAGUUCCAGGAGCAGCAGUCUGCGUUGUCCGAUAACGACCACAUUGAAGAGGCGUUGUCGGUGCGUGGACUCAGUGCUGAGGGCCAUUUUUCAGGCUCAGGCUCAGGCUCAGGCUCUUCUGCAGCUCCACCCACCCUCCAUUUCCCGAAAUCGAUCCUCGCCUUGGCCCAGCCUUCGGAGAUUACCCAGAUCCUCAACAAGAAACAGGAUGAGGAGAAGGCGUGCCGGCUCUGCCUCGCCAAGAUCUCCAAUGCCACGGGCCAAAAUGGAAAUUCCUCGUCCACCAACAGUGACUUGCUUCAGAUGAAAUUGAUCGACGCCGAGUACCAGUUUGACAGAAAGAAGCUCAUUUUCUACUACUCUACUUCCAAAAGAAUCGACUUCCGAGACUUGGUAAGAGAGUUGUUCCGUAUCUACAAGACUAGAAUUUGGAUGUGUGCCGUUGUGGGGCUUCCCUAUGUCCCCACAAGAAACUCGUCCAAGAGUUCUCCAACCAAGGCCCAGGCUUCCAUC